CAUAAAAGUUACACUCUAAAUACGUCCCAGGAUGUUUUUCGAACAGGCUAAUUUAAACUACAGCUUUAACAUGAGCGAGGAAGACCGGUUAUCUCUUCUGGAUGAGGACUGGAGCGACCCACCGCUGGAAACGCUCUCUCGGGCGGGCUUCAUCGCCCUGUCCGUGGUCCUGGGAUUCAUCAUGACUUUCGGCUUUCUCAAUAACUUUAUCGUCUUAGUCCUCUUCUGUAGGUUUAAGACGCUUCGGACCCCGGUUAACAUGCUUCUUCUGAACAUCAGCAUCAGUGACAUGCUGGUGUGUAUGUUCGGGACGACCCUGAGCUUCGCGUCCAGUGUGCGGGGACGGUGGCUGCUCGGACGGCACGGAUGUAUGUGGUACGGCUUCAUCAACUCCUGCUUCGGCAUCGUGUCUCUGAUAUCCUUGGUAGUUCUUUCCUACGACCGCUACAGCACAUUGACAGUGUAUCAUAAACGCAGUCCUGAUUAUCGCAAACCUCUGCUUGCAGUAGGUGGUUCCUGGCUGUACUCUUUGAUCUGGACAGUACCACCCCUUCUGGGCUGGAGUAGUUAUGGGCUGGAGGGAGCGGGAACAAGCUGCUCUGUGUCAUGGACCCAGCAUACGACCCAGUCCCAUGCCUACAUCAUCUGCUUGUUUAUAUUCUGCCUGGGCCUUCCAGUGCUCGUCAUGGUCUACUGCUAUGGGAGACUGCUGCAUGCUGUCAAGCAGGUAGGGAAGAUUCGCAAGACGGCAGCCCGCAAAAGAGAAUACCAUGUUUUAUUUAUGGUUAUCACCACCUUGGUGUGUUACCUUUUGUGCUGGAUGCCAUACGGCAUUGUGGCCAUGAUGGCCACAUUUGGCCAGCCAGGAAUUAUUUCACCCGUUGCCAGUGUGGUGCCCUCUCUACUUGCCAAGAGCAGCACAGUCAUUAACCCUUUAAUAUACAUCCUCAUGAACAAACAGUUCUACAGGUGUUUUCUAAUGAUGUUCUGCUGUCAGAGGUUGUCAGUGCAGAAUGGUCAUUCCAUGCCCUCAAAGACCACGGUCAUCCAGCUUCAUCGUAGAGUCUACAGCAACACAGUAGCCUGCACUGCCCAGAUCUCCACUGGGAUCCACAACAACGGCUGUAGUACUACAGAAAGAACCAACCCCCCAGAGAUCACCCCCUAAACUGGGCCAUCACAGCCCAGAAGCCCCUGCAAAAACAAUACUACCACUGUAGGUUCCACUGCCACUCUGUGCAAAUCAGGGUUCCCACAUCUGACCAAUGCAUUUUCCUGAUUGUACUAUGACUUCACUGAAGGAUUCCCUCACCUUUUGAACAAAGAAUGUCAAUGACCUUUCCACGACUUUCCAUAGUGCAAAGAGCAAUUUCUAGCUAAUGACAAAUUUUAGAUCCAAGCAAAACUAUAAUAAAUUAAACAGACUUGAAAUUUCCAUGACCUUUCAGGAUUUCAUGAAUUUUGACUACUUUUCCAGGCCUGGAAAUGACAAUUACAAAAUGUCCUGAUAUUUCCAUGACCGUGGAAACACUGGCAUAUGCAUUUGCUCUUUGCUGCCAUAUCAUCAUCAUCAUCAUCAUCAUCAUCAUCAUUUAGACCAUGUGGAUGAUGGUCAAUCUUUUCCUGCUUUACUGAAUAUAGCUCUGUCAUUCCACUCUUGUCUUUUGUCUUAACCUUGUUCAUUACUA